UUGUUGACACAUGUACCUCUGCAGUGACAUCUACCGGCAGAAGAAGUUGCUGGAGAAUUUCGGACAGCUCCUGAGGAACCUGUUCCUGCCUCUGUUUCAGGCCACACUGGACCCUUCUUCCCACAAGAACCUCAGCAUUUUCCUCAACCAGGUGAUAGGGUUUGAUAGCGUUGAUGAUGAGAGCAAGCCGGAGUCUACCUUCUUCUCCUCUGCCACGCCCACGCCCGAGGAGUGGACCUCCCACGACAACCCUCCCUACUCCUACUACAUCUUCUACAUGUUUGCCAACAUCUCCAUGCUCAACAGACUCCGCAGGAUCCGUGGGAUGAACUUGUUCACACUGCGGCCCCAUUGCGGUGAAGCUGGACCUGUUCACCAUCUCGUCACCUCAUUCCUCCUCAGUCAGAAUAUCUCCCACGGUCUCCUACUGAGGAAGAUCCCGAGCAUCCAGUACCUGUACUACCUGGCACAGAUAGGCGUGGCCAUGUCUCCACUCAGCAACAAUCACCUGUUCCUGGACUACAACCGCAGCCCGUUCCCCGAGUACUUCCGUCGAGGACUCCACAUCUCCCUCUCCACGGACGACCCCCUACAGUUCCACUUUACCAGGGUCUCUCAUACUUAUAGUAGUGUAGACUGGGGGUCUCUAUUAGUGUUUGAACCAGUUCUAACCACUGAAUAGAGGACACUUGUGCACAAAGCACGAGUCAAGGUCCUGUACAGUCAAUGGACUGUCGGGAACACAAACAGAGCAUAAAUGCUAGCCUCCACUGUGCUAAAAUAUAGCCGAGAGUAUUAAUUUUUGUCCACCUUUGCAUCCAAAAGCAGUUACGUAGUUUGCACGUACAUACGUAGUUGACUUGUUGCCUUGCCUUUCUACCUCAUUACCUUGUCAUUGAAACAUCAUGCGUGCUAGCUUCCAUGAGCACUGUGCCUGUGUAUAUAUGUGUGACACAGGAGCCGCUGAUGGAGGAGUACAGUAUAGCAGCUCAGGUGUGGAAACUGAAUGCAGUGGACAUGUGUGAGCUGGCCAAGAACUCUGUACUCAUGAGCAGCUUCGAGGACUGCGUGAGCACUACACCUACUGAACUAUGUAAUAGACC